AUGCAACUAAAAAUCGUAUCCACCGCCACAACAACGCUAACAACAUAUGUCACAAUAUCAGCUUCAAUGUUGGGAACUACUGAAGUUACAACAGCGACCGUUUUUAGUUCCAAUGCCACAUUUUGUGGUGCUUUAGUAAAAUUGCGUCCUGCCGCUAUUAGAAAACCUUAUAAAACUAUGCGUGCAACUAAAACUACAAGUACAUCGCACAAUGGCAAUGGAACUGCGAAUUCCAACGAAAUAGAAGUUUUUGCAGAUUUUUUAGGUUUCAAUAAACUGCGACAUGCCAUUAUUGUGCAGGAUACCCAGAGUGAAUCUCUCAAUCAUUCAACAUUGCAAGCAACGCUAGGCGAUUUUGAGGCAUUGCUCGAGAAUGUUCGUACAACAGUCUUUAACAUUGCAAACAGCAAAGCUGAUCAGUUUAAGGACAUUUUCUAUGCAGCUUCACCUAGGUUGGGCAUCCUUUUGCCGCAUUUCGAGAAUAUUGUUGUACAGAAGCACAUAUUGCCCGAAGCUGCAGCUGUUGACUUAUUUAAUAAUUCACAGGCUUGGCUCAUUAUGGCUCAGUAUGCCAACGACAAUGUCUGGACGCUUAUUAAAGGGACAUUCAAUAAAUUAAACAUAAAUAUUAAUGCGGACAUAACACUUGCAAUCAGUUGCAGAAAAGAUAACAUAUAUCGCUUAUACGAUGUAUACAAAAUUUGUCACAAAUGUGGAUCGCCACUAAAUAUACUGGAGAAGGGUUACUGGUCCAAAGAAAAUGGUUUCAUACUUCAUGCGGAGUUUAAAAAAAGUUUUGUAAGAAGGCGCAGAAACAUACAACCGAUAAUAAAAGUUGGUAGUCUGAUAAGAGAAAAGUCUAUCAAUGUCACAAAUUUGGAGUAUAUAUCAGAUACGGAAUAUCAUAAAGAACAUGAUACCAUGCAGAGAAAAAUAUUUGCUUUAAUGAAAAUGGUCGAACCAAUGCUUAAUACGAGCUUUGACGUACUGUUUACUGACACUUGGGGAGCCAACGUCAAUGGAAGCUGGGAUGGUGUUAUAGGUCAACUUGUACGUAAUGAAAUCGAAUUUUCCGUUUGUCCAAUACGUUUUACAUCUGAACGCACUCUGUUCAUAACCUAUUCCCCCGAGUUACAUAUCGAAUACGUAAAUUUUAUAUUUCGUCAUCCACGUCGGAAUGUAAUACGCAAUAUAUUUUUCGAACCCCUAGCUGAUGAAGUGUGGUGGAGUGUUUUAGCAGUAACCGGGUUAAUGAUACUCUUGUUGGCGAUAUUUGUACAUCACAAACAGCAACAACUCGAAGUGAAGUCAAAUGCAAGCAUUCAUGUUGACAUACCUAUUGAAAAGCGCUUGGAUUUCAUAAUAUUUAUCGUACUGGAGGCAAUUUUUAUGCAAGGUCCCGCGCCGGCCAUCUUCCACUUGAUAUCGACACGCACACUAAUUAUAACUACAUGCAUAUUCAGCGUUAUGCUACUGCAGUUCUAUAGUGCCUUUAUCGUGGGCUCAUUACUAGCUACGCUGCCACAUAGCAUCACGACAGUGGAGGCACUCUACAACAGCAGCCUGGAUAUUGGCAUGGAGGACGUUGUUUACAAUUAUGAACUUUUCGCUAAUAUAAGGAGCCCAAUCGCACAUGAAAUUUAUGCGAAUCGUAUUUCCAAGCAUUCCAAAGGCAAUAUAGUGACGUUGGAGAGAGGCGUAGAGCGCAUUGGGCGUGGUGGAUUUGCAUUUUAUGUGGGAACGAAUCGUGCAUAUCGAAUUUUGAAAUCUACUCUGAACGAUGCAGAAUUUUGUGAAUUACAAGAAAUUCAACUUAGCGCUCCAUAUCUCACAUCGUCUGCUUUGAGAAAAAAUUCCAUAUAUCGUGAACAUUUGGCGAAUUGCAUUUUAACGUUUCGUACUUCUGGACUAAUGAGAUAUAAUGAAAUUUUGUGGGAAAUUCGAAAAACCGAUUGCAAUUUAGAACAGAACAAGGAUUUUGAAGUUGAUAUUGAGCACUUCACACCACUUUUAAUUUUCUUAGGAAUGGCAAUGCUGCAAAGUGUCAUUGUGCUUCUAAUAGAGAUGCUUUGGUUUCGUCGAAAAAAGAUGAAAUCUCUUAUAAUAGGAAACACAUAA